CCUCGACUUGCGAAUUCUAGCUAAAUCAGGUCCCACGAUUGUGCCAUUCCGUCAGGGUAGGACGUGUUGCGAUCCCCAAAUCCGCCUCUUUGCUAGCGUGCUCGUUCGUCGCGGCACCGUCAAGAGUACAGAGUCGUAAAAUGAGCAACCUUCCCGCUACGAUUGAGGCGAUCACCAUCCCCAAGACCGGGGAUGUGGACGUGAUCGAGAAGACAACUCAGCCGUUCCCAAAAGUCACGCCGGAGAGCAUCGUGGUGAAAAUUGAGUAUGGGGGCGUCAACUUCAUCGAUACCUACUUCAGGAAGGGACUGUACCCCAUCGAGUCCUUCCCUUUCCUCGUGGGACGAGAGGCCGCGGGCACCAUAGUUGCUCUCCCUACCUCUCAGGAGCUUUUGAAUAGCGAAGCCUACAAGAAGAGGAAUUACCAGAUUGGUGGCAAAGUAGCUCUUUACGCUCCUGGGACCUUUGCGACUUACGUCGCUGUCCCGUGGACAUCUGCUUACCCUGUUCCUUCCGGAAUAUCUACUCUUACGGCUAGUGCUGCUCUAACGCAAGGGCUUACGACCAACACCCUUAUGACUGAAUCCUACAACGUCAAGAAGGGCGAUACGAUCUUGGUGCACACUGUCGCGGGAGGCCUUGGGCUGCUGUUCGCGCAGUAUGCUAAAUAUCGAGGAGCCACUGUAAUCGGCACUACCUCUACCAAGGAGAAGGCUGAGCUGGCGAAGAGACACGGAGCGGACCAUGUUAUCUUGUAUAAGGACGAGGACACCGUCAAGCGCGUCCUGGAAAUUACGAAUGGCAAAGGUGUCGAUGCCAUAUUCGACGGUGUGGGCAAGGACACCUUUGAGAGUGACUUUGAGAUGAUCAAGCGCAAGGGUACCAUAGUUUCGGUUGGGAAUGCGUCUGGAGCCGUACCCCCCUUCCCGCCGCUGAAGUUGACUCCGAAGAAUAUCAGAAUCGUCAGACCCACGAUGGGCAACUACGUCGUCACGCCGGAAGAGCAAGAACAUUAUGGAAAUGAACUAUGGGAUCUCAUCUCCAAGGGCGUUCUAAAGAUCAACGUCUUCAAGGAGUACGAGUUCUCCGCGGAGGGCGUAAAGCAGGCUCAGACGGACUUGGUGAGCGGGAAGACGACGGGCAAGCUCGUGAUCAAGAUCGGAAACUGAUAUCACGAGCGCUGAAGAAGAAGGCAAGAGACUUGUACGAUAUAUAUUGUUUCACGAGCAGGAGAAUCACCAGUUGUGCUGUCGAGGAUGACCUGAGAAUCACUUUGACUUGCCAGAUGGAUACCAC